GCUGUAGCGUCCUAUUCAGGAAAUAAAGAGGGAUCCCCUAUUCCACCUGACUUCUGAAGACGAAUUAAAGUGAAUAGAUUACUUUUUGGCUUAAAACAUAAAAUGUAUAAUAGGACUCCGUCAAAGGCUUUUAGUCUGCGAUAAAGAUGGGGGAAUCUGCAUCUUGUAAAGUUGAUCUGAUGUUCUCAGAGACGCCUAGACAAGAAAGCUUAAGAUCAUCCAUCGAGACAGUAUCAGCUCUAGAUGCCAGUCUUCUCAUUGUUCUUGGAUUUGGCGGAUUUUCUAUUGUCGUGGCUGUCCUACAUAACGCAAUUCAUCGCUAUGUCUACCGGGACCAACACAGCCUGGAUACUGUGUUUGAUGCCGGGGGAAAAGUAACAACCAGUUUGACCGCGGUCACAGUUGCCUCCCAAGUUCUGUGGCCGGUGGACCUUAUCCAAACGUCCGUCAUAGCUUUAAAGUCUGGGAUCGGAUCUAUUAUGUUCUACGUUAUUGGCAUGUCUUUGGUGAUGGUCGUAUUCCCAAUAAUAACAAUUCACUUCAAAACUAAAGCUCCUGGGGCGAAGACCUACCCUCAGAUUGUGUACGCUCGGUUCGGUAAAUCGGCUCACAUUGUCUACUGCUGCAUCGCUCUUUUGACAAACGCAGUAACGCUGACUGCGAUGAUUUUGACUGGGACUUAUACGCUAGAGGGCAUAGUUCCAGAAAUGUCAUCAGAAUUGACCGUACUUCUUUUGGUUUUCCUAUUUGGUUCCUACUGUUUCAUUGGUGGACUGGGAGCUGCAUUCUACAUCUCCUAUUUUAACACUUGCAUCAUGUUUGUAGCUCUAGUGAUAUUUACAUCCAUGUUCAUUUUUCCAAACAGCAACGCCGACCAUCGUAAUUCAACUGACAUUAGUGUAAUGUAUGAAUCUGUGAAAUGUGUCAAGGGACCUUCCAGUAAUGCAAAAGAGUCCUUCUUGACAUUCCGAUCGUUUUCUGGGGUGGUGUAUGGUAUUGUCGUUUUUUUCAUGGUGUUGGCUUUAAAUUGUUGCGAUCAAGCCAUGUGGCAAAGUAGAAUAGCCACAAAACCACAGCAAGGUGUGACUGGAUUUUUCAUAGCAUGUUUUCUGUAUUUAGGGAUACCUAUCUCCCUAUCGCUUCCAGCUUUUCUUUCGUAUGUUUCAAUGAGUUACCAGAAUGGAUCAUACUUGCUCUCGCCUUUGGAUACGAACAAUGGAUUUCUGACACCACUUGUAAUGGAGGAUACUCUGGGACGUCCAGGAGAAUAUCUACUGAUUAUGAUUGUGUUCAUGGCUUUAAUGGCGACAGGAUCAGGUGAAAUCAUGGCAAUUUCAUCCAUCCUAGUGUAUGACUUAUAUAAAGUUUACGUUUGCCCAUUCAGAGAGACAUAUAGCCCAUUUUCCUGUCCUCUUUGUGGAAAUCUGAAGUAUGCCAGAGAGGGUGGGACUUGUAGCUGCAUACCUGCUACUGAGUGUCCGAGUUGUCAAGAUGAUGUCAACCUAAGUAGGUCAAAUGCUCCACUAUAUAAGCUUAAAUAUAAGUGCCCCCUCCAUGGAGAAUACAGACAUUAUGAAGAUAUGCUGAAAGACUACAAGAGCUGGUGUAUUAUUUGGAUUUCACUUUGUCUUGUACCUUUUGGAAUUCUGAUGACGUCGUUAAAACUAAACGUGAAUUGGGUUACCUUCGUAAUGGAAACGCUUCUGACUCCAUUUAUAUCCCCUCUGAUAUUGACGUUUACAUGGAGUAAAUGUACCUCCAAGGGAGUAAUAUCAGGAGUGAUAUCUGGGUCGCUUGCCUCUGUAGCGGCGCUACUCUUGGUAGCAGAGACAUCGUACGACAAGGGUCUAAGCGAUUUCUUCACUAAUACAUCGGCGGACUACAGCCUUUUUGCCUCCUGUAUUUCUGGACUUCUGAUAAGUACUUUAAUAACUGUAGGCGUUUCCAUGGUUACACAUUCUAUUAAAUGUGGUGCUGAUGUAGAUGAAGAAUGGGCAAAACUGUUUUACAUAGAUAAUCCCCUCAACCCAUGGAGAAAUCUAUACGAAGAUGAACUGAAAAAUAUCCAGAAAGAUAGGAAUCUCUGCAUAUCUGACAUGGAAUUCAUAUUCCGGAAGUCCAGAAAAAUAGCCUAUAUAGUUGGAGUAUUGAUAACGAUUUUGUUAGUGGUUGUGAUGCCCGCUUCAUUGCUCCAGUACGAGGAACUGAAUGCUGAUCAACUUUAUAAUUACAUGCUGGUAUUCUUCGUAAUACUUGUGCUUGGAACUAUUUAUUCUGUAUUUGUCCCUCCAAUAGAAGAAAUAAUAAAGAUCAAGAGAUACAGAAAGAGAGAAGUAAGAGACACUAAAGAAGAGGAAGUAGCUCUAAAUUCGUAUUAAGUCCAGCAGUAACUUUAUUUCUUUAGCAAAAGAUAAAAUUCUGUGUCUCUAAUAUCUUUAAAUUAAACUCUAUCAACUAAUAUUCCUUUUUCAUUAAGAACAUGAUAAAAAUAAAGGGGAUCAAACAUUUCAUUUUGAUAAGAUUGAUAGCAUGCUUUUUGCUUGGUAUUUCGAGUGACUGUUUUUAGCUCCUGUGGCUGUCUCUUUAUCAACUACAAUGUGUCUUGUAUAUAUAAUUAGCUAAAAUUCAAACAAAGAUGAAUGUAUAAAUUGUUUGUAGAUUUUAAAUCUUUAAUGUUGAGCAUUAUGUUCAUUACUUUAAUUGUUCCUUUUUAAUGCAACAUGAAAGAGACCGUGUCGCCCGCGUGGUGCAGUUGUUAGAGCGUCUGCUCUAACUUUGCGAAGUAAGGAGUUGAUCCUUAUCUCACGGGUUCUAAUCCUACCCUGGGACGUGGAGAUCUGUCCUCCGGAUGAGACCAUAUAAGCCAAGGUCAUGUGUCGCAGUAUAGGUGCUAGCACGAAAAAGAUUCAUCGCUGCUGAAUGGUCCUCAGUGCCGAGUAUAGGACAAAAUUUGCAGCUCUUCUGGCAAGUUGUGGCAUCUCUUUAUGAGUGAAAAAUGCCUGAGUCGGACGCUUACAAUAUAUAAUCAAUCAAUCAAUCAAACAGACGACAAAUGUGAAUUAUAAUUAUUUUAGUAAACAAGAACCCGCAUAUCCUUCUCUUGCUACAACAUUGACCUUCAUUUUCCUUAACAGAGAUGUUCUUUUUUCAGAGGUUUUUUAGAAAAUAAAGUAACUGUUUUA